AACAGCAACACCAGACAUAGGGGAGGGAAAAAAGCGAAGUGAUCCAUUGAACCAAAAGUCUUUGCCCUCUCUUAAUUACGUAGUGGCCCAUAUCUUUUCUCUUUUUUUCCACUUUAAACAUUUUUUUUUCUUUCUUCUGUACUUGAAGACCUCUGGUUGUUGGUAAUUAGCUUGAGGAGAAUAAAAACAACCGAUAGGGAGAGGGGUGGUGCAUUGUGGAGCGAGAUGGCUAACAGAAUGGUUCUAUCACUCCUUCAUGGUUUCUUCUACCUAUCUCUGAUUCAGCCCUCUCUUCAAGGAGGUGUGUACGUGCCGGCUGGUGCUGGAGUCGGACCAGGAGCAGGAGGAUCUGGACCAGGUGCUGGUCUCUACCCAGGAGCUGGUGGGAUACCCUCAGGAGCAGGCUACAAACCAGCUAAACCUGGUGCUGGAGGAUAUGGAGGACGGGGUGGUGUUGGUGCUGGAGGUCUGGUCCCUGGUGGCGGGGCAGGAGGCAUAGGAGCAGGAGGCCUCGGAGGAGGAGGAGUCGGUGGAAAGGGCCCCAAACCUGGUUAUGGAAACCUUGGUGCUGGUGGUGUUGGGGGCGGUGGUCUUGGUGGUGGAGGAUAUGGAGCUGGUCCUGGAGCCACCGGUCUAGGAACAGGAAGCUUUGGAGGAGGAGGAUACGCUAAGCCUGGAGCUGGUUAUGGAGGAGGCUCGCCGUAUGGAGGCUCGACUUAUGGAGGAGGUGGUGCUGGGGGCUUCUUCCCUGGAGGUGGUCUGGGACAGAAGGCAGGACCCAAACCAGGCUAUGGGGCAGGAGCUGGACUACAACCAGGCUAUGGUGCAGGUGGACUACCCGGGGGUGGACUACAGCCAGGCUAUGGCGGUGGUGGAUUACAGCCAGGUCUAGGGGGACCUGGAGGCGCAGGAGCAGGAGCUGCAGUGCCUGCCGGAGCACCUGUUAUUCCUCAGACUGGACUACCUGGAGGUGGGCUGGGACCUGGUGCCGGAAAAGGAAAGGCUCCAAAAGGAGGAGUGCCAGGUGUGGGGGUGCCUGGACUUUACCAAGGUGGCCAGGUGCCAGGACAAGGGUUUGGUGGUCGCGGAGUGCUGCCCGGUGUGGCCACUGGGAACGGACUCAAUCCCAAAUCAUUGGCAGGUGGAGGACAACAGGGACCAGGAGGCUCAGGUCGUGUUGGUUACGGAGGACCAAUGCAGCCAGGAGUAUUCCAUGGAUACCCACUCAAAACACCCAAAACACAAGUUCCUUUCCCUCCAGUGCACAGAGUGUCUUAUCCCCAUCACCCCCAUUAUGGCCACAUGCACAGCCCCAUGCACGGCCACGGUCACAUGAACGGCCACGUGCACGGGCAGUUCUAUGGCUACCCCCCUCCUAGGCAUCAGGUCAUGUAUGGUGGCUAUGGAGCGAAAGCUGGAGGAGCUGGAGGCAAACUUCCAUUUGGAUACGGAGGCUUUGGUGGUGGUGGUGGAGCAGGCCUUCCUGGGGGAAAAGGAGGUCCUGGAUCCAAGCCUGGAUACCCCAUUGGAACUGGUGUGGGGACAGGAGGUCUUAACCCGGCCCAGGCUCAAGCUAAAGCUGCUAAGUAUGGUGCUGGUUUGGGUGGUGUGCCUGGUUUGGGUGGAGCCUACCCUGGAGCAGGAGGAGCUUACCCUGGAGGAUAUAAUCCUGCUGCAGCCAAAGCUGCUAAAUAUGGAGUCCCAGGAGGUGCAGGGGGCGUCCCAGGUCUUGGAUCAGUAGCAGGAGGAGCAGGAGGAGUACCUGGAGGUGUACCUGGAGGGGUACCCGGAGGAGCUGGAGGAUAUAACCCUGCUGCGGCCAAAGCUGCUAAAUAUGGAGUUCCAGGAGGUGCAGGAGCAGGCCUAGGAGCUGGAGGACUUGGUGGAGUACCAGGAGGGGGGGGUGUACCUGGGACUGGAGGAUAUAAUCCCGCGGCGGCCAAAGCAGCUAAAUAUGGACUCCCAGGAGGAGGUGCAGGCGGCCUUCCAGGUGCUGGAUCAGUUGCAGGAGGAGUAGGAGGAGUACCAGGAGCUGGGGCUGGAGGAUAUAAUCCUGCUGCGGCCAAAGCCGCUAAAUAUGGAGUUCCAGGAGCAGCAGGUGCAGGGUUAGGAGGAGCUGGAGGCUAUGGAGUGGGAGCCAGGCCUCCCUAUUACGGUGUUCCAGGGAGUACUGGAUUUGGGGGAGCAGGGGCUUUUCCAGGGGCUGGAGGAUACAACCCUGCCACCAAAGCUGCUAAAUAUGGAGUACCAGGAGGUGCAGGAGCAGGCCUAGGAGCUGGAGGACUUGGAGGAGCAGGAGGAGGGGUACCAGGGGCUGGGGCUGGAGGAUACAAUCCUGCUGCCGCUGCCAAAGCUGCUAAAUAUGGGGUCCCAGGAGGUGCAGGGGCAGGCCUAGGAGCUGGAGGUCUUGGAGGAACAGGAGGGGUACCAGCAGGAGGAGCUGGGGCUGGAGGGUAUAAUCCUGCUGCUGCCAAAGCUGCGACAUAUGGAGUCCCCGGAGGUGCAGGAGCAGGCCUAGGAGCUGGAGGAGCAGGAGGAGUACCUGGGGCUUUAGGAUAUAAUCCCGCUGCAGCAAAAGCUGCUAAAUAUGGAGUUCCAGGAGGUGUAGGAGCAGGCCUAGGAGCUGGAGGACUUGGAGGAGCAGGAGGAGGAGGAUAUGGAGGAGCAGGAGGGGCUGGGGCUGGAGGAUAUAAUCCUGCUGCAGCCAAAGCUGCUAAAUAUGGAGUUCCAGGAGGUGCAGGAGCAGGCCUAGGAGCUGGAGGAGUACCAGGAGGAGGAGGGGGGGUACCUGGGGCUGGAGGAUAUAAUCCCGCUGCAGCCAAAGCUGCUAAAUAUGGAGUUCAAGGAGGUGUAGGAACAGGCCUAGGAGCAGGAGGACUUGGAGGAGCAGGAGGAAUACAGGGAGGAGUACCUGGAGGAGGAGCAGGGGUUGUCCCUGGGGCUGGAGGAUAUAAUCCUGCUGCAGCCAAAGCUGCUAAAUACGGUCAGGGGGCUGCUGGUGGGCCAGGGGGUGGAUAUGGUGGUGUGCCUGCUGGAGGAUAUCCCAGGCCUGGGAGCUAUGGGGGAUAUGGAGGGGCAGCAGGAGGGGCAGCAGGAGGGGCAGGAGCUGGAGGAUAUAAUCCUGCUGCGGCCAAAGCUGCUAAAUAUGGAGCUGGAGGAGCCGGCCUAGGAGCUGGAGGAGCCGGCCUAGGAGCUGGAGGAGCCGGCCUAGGAGCUGGAGGAGCCGGCCUAGGAGGAACAGGAGGAGGGCCAGGGACUGGGGCUGGACCAGGAUAUGGAGGCUAUGGAGGAUAUGGAGGGGUACCAGCAGGAGGGGCUGCCGCUACUGCCAAAGCUGCUAAAUAUGGAGUUCCAGGAGGAGCUGGCGUGGCCGGGAGAGCAGGAGGGGUACCCGGGGCUGGAUAUGGAGGAUAUAAUCCUGCUGCGGCCAAAGCUGCUAAAUAUGGAGUUCCAGGAGGUGCAGGAGCAGGCCUAGGAGCUGGAGGACUUGGAGGAGUCCUAGGGGCUGGAGGAUAUAACCCUGCUGCGGCCAAAGCUGCUAAAUAUGGAGUCCCCGGAGGUGCAGGAGCAGGCAUAGGAGCUGGAGGAGCAGGAGGAUUACCAGGAGGAGGAUUACCAGGAGGAGGAGGGGGUGUAACUGGGGCUGGUGGAUAUAACCCUGCUGCGGCCAAAGCUGCUAAAUAUGGAGUCCCAGGAGGUGUAGGAACAGGCUUAGGAGCAGGAGGAUUUGGAGGAGCAGGAGGAGUACAGGGUGGAGUACCUGGUGGAGUAGGAGCUGGAGGAUAUGAUCCCACGGCCAAAGCUGCUAAAUAUGGUAAGCCAAAUGGGGUGGGCAUCGGUGGAGAAGGUGUGCCAGCGCCAGCAGCGACUCCAAGUCCAAGUGUGGGCGUGGGUGGUGGUGUUGGAGGAACUGCCGUUGAGCGCACUGACUUACCAUUGGGCACAGGGAUACCUAUCGCAGGCAAGCCAGAUCCCACACCUAUUGGCACACAGGCCACAGAGGCCCCAGAGCCAGAGCCCAGUGCCACAGGAUUACCAGGAGUUGGGGCAGGGGUGCUUCAACCUAGUGCUGGUACAGGCCCAGCUCAGCCUGGUGUGGGUGUCGGAGCAGGUGGCAAAGCUCCUAAACCCCCUGGUGCAGGUGGAUACCCGUAUGGUGGUUAUGGACAGGCAGGACGACUCCCGUAUGGUCAUGGACAGGGUGCAGGUGCUGGUGGAUAUCCCUAUGGAGGAGGCUAUGGAACUCCAUACGGAGCAGGAGCUGGACAACUUCCUGGAGCCAAGCCCCUGAAACCUCCAGUUGUCGGAGGAGCAGGCGGUGUGGCUGGAGGAGCAGGUAUUCCUCUUACUGGAGCCGGUGGUGGUGCAGGGGGAUACCCGUAUGGUUAUGGUCAAGGUGGUUAUGGACAGGGACAGGGUGCAAGGUAUCCCACUGGUGUUGGUCUGGGAGCUGGGGCAGGAGCAGGACAAAAAGCACCCAAACCCCCAGGUUAUGGUAACCUGGGUGCUGGUGGUGCUGGUUAUAAUCCAGGUGCUGGUGCAGUCCCAGGUUACGGAGGUGGCUACCCACAACAACGGGGCUACCCACAGCAAGGUGGCGGCUACCCACAGCAAGCCUACCCGGGAGCAUAUGGAGCAGGCCAGACAGCACCAUUGACUCCUCAACAAGCUAAAGCAGCCAAGUAUGGCCCACUCCAGAGCUUCCUUGGUGGAGCAGGAGGAGGAGGCUACAGACCAGGAGGAGCUGCUGCUGGAUGCCAAAGCAAAUACUGUGGAAGGCGGAAGUAGAGGAUGUUCUUGAGAAGAAGUUGAAUCUCAAGAAACAAUGGUGCUACUGCAUUAUCUAGAAUGUACAUUUUAUAUGCACAAAAUCCCCCAUUACAGUAUGUAAAGAUAUGUUGUACUUUAUUUGAUAUUUUUUAUACAAACCCACCGACCCAGACUUUUGCACACAUUUGAUGUGACUUAGUGUUAUUGAUUGUGCCUUUAUCGUUACAGUGGUCAUGGUGUUCCUCAUCUCUUACUGACAUGCCUGCGGUGCUCCCCUUUUAGUAGCUAUACUCAGUAGUUGUGUGUGCCUGCAUGUGUGUGGGCGUGUUUGCGUGGAUGUGUGCCUAUGUGGCUGUGUGUACGUGUGCACUUGCACGUGUUGCCAUAGAUGUGUGCGUGUUUGGGUAGAUAGGAGAAUGUGAAAGAUUCUCCAGCUAUAGAAGCACCAGUUCUGUAACUGUACAUCCCUCUAUUGCAGUAUCCCCAAUUGCUUAGUGUCUGUGUGUACCAAAGUUGGAGAUCUUCACAUACUGACACGUCAAACUAAGGGUUGAGCUUCAAGAGGUAUGGUUGGUAAAGUGCUGAUAAACUUUGGCCAUGUAUCAGAACUGCCUCCUCUAGUUUUCUAUCAUCUCUGCUGCUAUUUAUAGCCCUGGGUGAAAUAGCAGUGGCAUAGCGGGUGUGUGUGGGCACAGGUUUCACAGUCCAUCUGCCAUCUGUAACUAUUUUAAGUGCCAUGGUUUAAGUAGCCUAUCUUCAGCCUUCUUACCUUGAUUUCCGCCAAACUUGUGAAGUAUGAAGAGCAGGUUUUGCUCUGAAUGUGGGAAAGCUGAUGACAAUCAAUCCAAAGGUGUUCAAAAGAUUUUUAGGUGAUCUUUAGUGAUAUUCAUAUCAUACAUUGUGUCGGUUUGUACCAAUCCUUUGAAAUGCAGUGUGUUUUGUUUCUUAAAUGAUUUGUAUGUUUUUAGUUUUUAGAAAUGCAGGUUUUACAAAAAUGUAAAAGUAAAACUGAAAUCCUUUCGAUACUGCUCUGGCAUGUAUUGUACAUUAUGUAUGUAUGACAUGAACAUUUUGUUUUCUUAAUUAUGUAUACUUUUUCUGGUGUCCAAGAUUAAGUGCCUAGAAUGUUAUGCAUAUCUGGAAUCAUUCUAGUUUCACAUGCAGUUAUAGUUUAAUUUAUGCAAAUUGUCUCUCAUUAUUCAAGUUUCAAAAGUUUCUGGUCAGAAAAGUAGACGAUCUCCAGAUUUGUGUAAUCUAGAAUAACUCCGUGGUGCUUUUUAUGAACUGUGUGAGCCGCUCCUGUCAGGGGCCGCUGCCCUCUGCCGUGGGAUAGUAUUCAUCUGAUUUAAACAGAAAAAGAAUAAGGAAUUAUGGGGUUUUGUACUUUUUAAUUUUCAAUGCACAUUUCACUUGUGCCCAGCAAUACCGGCCUUUUAUUUGCUUCAGUAAAAUAACGAAAUAAAAUUGUUUUAAUGAAUACA